CACUAACACACACACUCUCUCUCUCUCACACAGGUCUUCCCUUUCACUUGAGAAAAGUAGACAGCCAGAGGCACAGACGGAUUGACGGCUGUUCUUCGGUUGUUCGAACACAAAAUGAAGAUUUUGAAGGCUAUUUCUCAGCUCUGUAUGUCAAUAUGAUGACAGUGAAUGGUGGCCAAAGGCAGCAUAAAAUCCAUUCGAUUCCAGUAGUGAAAUCCACAACUUCAGAAGUGAUCUGAUUUGAUGGGUGAGAAACAGAUCAAAAUAAGAAAGAAAGUCAUACACAUCUGGGAUGACUUGAGGAACCCUCAUUCGUCUCCCUUAUGGGUACAACACUGACCCAGUUGACCCAGCUGAAGUUGGGAAAGCAAAAGGUGGUACGUCAACAAUUACUGCAGCGAUAUGAGCACCAGUCCUUUGUCUCCUGUCUGGCUGGACUCUAUAGCUGCCAUUGGAGACACUACCAGCACACCCAUACCCAGCCUGGACACUGCUGCUGCUCUAAGCUGGAGUGUGGCAGUUUCGCUCUGAUCGUUCUGACCUUUUGUCUCAGUCUGGUGUUCCUGUACUUGUGGGGUGAAGCAAAAAAUGACUACAAUGACUUUGACUGGUUUAAUUUUGGAAAUCUUGGCUUCUGGUUUCCGUGGUCCAUAGUUUUGUUGAUUCUUGCUGUUCUUCUGUUCACUUAUGUUGCAUUUCUGCUGCUGCUAGCAGUUUGUCUUCUCUCAGAAGGCCAGAGAUUAUAUUUACAUUGGUGUCACAAGAUCGGCAUCUUGUUAACUUUGAUUCUCUCCAUCGUGGCCACAUUGGUUCUCACAGAUUUAUGGAGCAAGGAGUGGAUAACUGUACUAUUAUCUUUUCAGGUAACUGCACCAUAUCUACACAUAGGUGGAGUGCUUGUAAUGACUUUAUUAUCAUGGCCAAUAGCCUUGCAUGUCUUCCGGCCUAAAAUAAGAGUGAGACAGAUGGCCAUUAUGGGGCUGUUUGUAGCUGUUCUAGUCACUCUGUACCUGGUACCUCUGGGUAUGCAUUCCCCCUGCAUUAAAGAGAGGAACAGCUUGGGUCCAGCUCCUGCUUUAAUUGGACACAGGGGAGCACCAAUGCUUGCACCUGAAAAUACCUUCAUGUCUUUUGAGAAGGCAGUGGCAGCUGGAGCUGAUGGUCUGGAGACUGAUGUCACUAUCAGCUAUGAUGGAGUACCUUUCCUCAUGCAUGAUAAGAACUUGCGCAGGACAACUAAUGUGGAAGAUGUGUUCCCUAACUGGACAGAAACCUCACCUGCCAUGUUUACAUGGAGAGAGUUGGAGAGGCUCAAUGCUGGAUCCUGGAUAUUCUCUCAAGACCCUUUCAGAACAGCUUCCUCUCUGAGCCCAGAGGAGCGGAUGCAGGUUCAUAAUCAGUCUGUGUGCACACUGAGGGCCUUCCUGGAUCUGGCUGCUCGGCAUGGGAAACUAGUGAUCUUUGAUCUGUACCGGCCACCCAGGGGUCACCCUUAUAGGGACACCUGGAUAUCCCGUACCCUGGAAGUCCUCAAGAAUGAGUCAUCUAUUCACUCAAGUCAGGUGUUGUGGCUGCCUCCAGAGUUCAGAGAGUUUGUACAAGAAACAGAUCCUGAGUUACAGCAAACCACAAACGGGCAUGCACCAGUGGAGGACCUUCAGCUCAGAAACAUAGUCAAACUCAACAUCCACUACAGCUCCAUGUCAGAGAAAGAUAUCAGGAAAUACGCUGCUGCCAACAUCAGCAUUAACCUGUAUGUGAUCAGUGAGCCGUGGCUGUAUUCUCUUGCCUGGUGUGCAGGGGCUCACUCUGUCACCACAAAUGCUGUUCACAUCCUCAAGAACCUGCAAAGACCACUCUUUCUGAUGACACCAGAUGAGUACAGGCUUAUGUGGACUCUGACUGAUAUGGCUUCCUUUGUUCUUGUCCUGAUAAUCUUUUUAUUUCACUGGUGGCGGGAGCAUGGAUUGGCUCUAAGUGUGGGAAGCAGUUCAGUUCUUGAAAAUGGAUUAUACAUCCAGUUCAGUAUAGAGAUGACUGAUGUGUGGUCUUUAACCAGCAUGAGUGGCUCUGAGAAGCAGGGACUAUCUCUCUGAAGCACCCAGUGAUGCCUAAUGGUUGAUAUUUAACUCUGUAUCUUCAAAAACUGUCUAACUGAUGUUCAGUUAUUCAAGCCUAUAUGGACCACUUUUUAUCAAAAAGAAAAGAAAAAAAUAGCUGUAUCAAUGUUAAUAUUGCUCAGAUGUCUGUAGUCUAAAGCCACAAGUGACAGACCAGACAAUUUAGAAAUCAUAAAUAUUUGGUCACACUUGACAGAACUCCUACACUGACAAAUGACAGACAGGUGAGCUGUCUGCACAUGAUAUGAUGGGAUAUAAAAAUCACCAUACAGUUAACAAAUGCUCAAGUCUACCUCACACUCAGACUUUAUAGUGUUAUUCCGGUUAUUAUAUUUUACAAUCUAAGUAUUAUCAAUGCAACCGUAAAGGUUUCCGUUUCAAAUAUGAAUAGAAAUAUUUGUCAUGUUAUAUAUUAGAUAAAAUAUAUUAUAUAUAUUAGUUAAAUAUAUUAUAUAUAUUAUAUAUAUUAGUUAAAUAUUAGUGGAUUUUGAGGUUUUAUGUUUCAUCUUAAGUAGUAUUAAACCCCAUUUUCUGAUUUUGACUGACUCAUUACUCCAUGAAUGGACCUAACUGUGUAAGAAAUAAGUGGUCAUAAAUCAUUUCUUUGCUAAUGUUCCUUUUUGUCUUGUUCUAAAUGAAUGCUGAACUGGUGCAAAUAAUAUUUAAUAUAAGCCACAAAGCAAACCCUUGCUUAUCUGGUUUACUCAAAAAAGAAAGUUGAUUGAUCUGAUGAUCUGGUGGGCAGGGUUGGGAGGGGUACUUUUGAUAUGUAUUCUGCUACAUGUUACAGAGUACAUGCUGUAAAAUGUAAUUUGUAACGCAUUCCAUUAGAUUACUCAAGGUCAGAAACAUAUUCUAAAUACUUUGGAUUACUUCUUCAGCACUGGUAGAUUUUUUUCACUUGUUUUGACUAUAAAAUCUCUGCCUGUACAGUAAGACAAAAUAACAUGAAGCUGAAGCAUAUGCAAGUCAAGGCUGAAGCAAUUCAACAGCUCUGCAGAACCAUAUUCAAUACAGAGUACAGUGUAAAUGUAUGUUAUUUUUCAGGUUUUGAUCACAAUUUGCAUGAUAUAAAAUAAAGAUACAAAAUUAUUUUGGAGUACUUACAUCUGUACAAUCAUCCCUGUGUUUAUGAUGUCUUGAAUGUCAUUAAUCUCAAUGAA